AUUAAAGCAUUAUCAUACCUCGUAUUAAACCUUACCUUCUCCUUCCGCUUGCUCUCUGGCUUGCACGAUCUUCUCAACAGUUCUAGCCUUCAGCAUUUCAUAAGCAACAAUAUGAACGGAAUAUAUAUAUACAGUAAGAAAUCAAUGUCACUGCGUGGACGCUCGUGCGGAAGUAGUCUGACAGGCCGUUACUGUGAGGAACGCCGUGUGAGCCGUGAGGAGCGCUACCAAGGACCGUUAGUUACUGCUUCGCCGCAUGCCAGUUAUCUUUGCUGAUAUUGGCAUAAUUUUUGUAGAAGCCUGAACGGAACUUCGUUCAACAUAAUUCACUGCGGUGUACCAGUGUUACGUUUGAUUUACAUCCGGUAUAUCAGCUAGCGAAUUAAACGCUGCUGAUUCGUUUGCGGCGUUACUUAUGCGCUUGUUUCGGCCAUUAGCGUCUUGUACACCUUGUAGGCUUGUAGCUUUAGCCUCGGAUGUGACAGUGCAAUAGUAAGUAAUCGAUCAUCCACACUUUCGGUGAAGGUUAUGAAAUUGGGAGUGAGAGAGGAGAUUAGGUAGCCGUACUCGUAGAGAAGAUUGCGACAGUACUCGCAUAUUGUGUCAUUUGUAUAACGCCGUCAGUCAUGAUCGGGACUCUGUUCUCCCGGGUCUCACCGACUGUUUCCGCUGGGAAUGGGAACGCUUUAACGCUGGCAACCGCCCAGGGACAACUGACAAACAUUAUUUUCGCACGCAGUUUUACGAAGUCAGAGUGAGACUGAAGUUACAUUACGUUAUUUCAAAGGAUCAUCAUGGCGUUUGGAGGAAACGUUACUCUCGAUCUCAAAUUACUGCGGCCCAAUAAAACUUACAGAAAAGGGGAUUUGGUUACUGGUAUAAUCUCUGUGCAUUCCUCGAGCGAUACCAAACAUGAUGGCAUCGCGGUGGCCCUGGAAGGAACAUUAGCGAUGCAAAUGGAUAACAAAAACCUGCUGCUUGAAACGUUUUACAGCUCAUUAAAGCCAACACAACUGGCGUUUUCUAGCUUGGAAAUGGCUAAACCGGGACGGCUGGCAGCAGGCACCACCGAAAUCCCGUUCGAGCUGAAAUUGGUGCAACUGGUGAAUAAAACGCUGUAUGAAACAUAUCACGGAGUGUACAUCACUGUACAGUAUACUAUAAAAUGCGAGAUGAAAAGAUCCGUACUUAAUCGAGACAUCAUUAAAUCCUUGGAAUUCGUGGUGGAAGUGCCGCAACCAUACGAUGAUUCGGAAAACAAGCCCUUAACAUUUAAUAUAACACCAGAAUCCUUGCAGAAUAUUGCUGAAAGCACCAAACUUCCUCGGUUUUGUAUAAAAGGACAACUGGACAGAUCUCAUUUUAGAAUCACGGAACCGAUGCUUGGAGAGUUGAUCGUGGAAAAUUGCGAAAUAGGUAUAAAAUCCAUUGAGCUUCAGUUGGCCCGGGUAGAAACCUGUGGCUCAUCCGAGGGUUUCGCGAAGGAAGCAACAGAAAUUCAAAAUAUUCAAAUUGGCGAUGGCGAUGUGUGCCGCAACCUGUCUAUCCCGAUCCAUAUGGUCUUUCCGCGUUUAUUUACGUGUCCUACUACAAUUGCCCCAAAUUUCAAAAUUGAAUUCGAAGUCAAUCUUGUAAUCAUUUUCCAGGAUGAUCACUUAGUGAUGGAGACUUUUGAAAUAAAGCUGAUUCGUCCUUGAAAUGGAUUGUCAAUGCUAAAAAAAUAUCUACCUUAACUUUUCGAUUCCGCAGAUGCUUAUGGUUUACGGUGGUAUGGUUUUUGUUAGACUGUUACUAAUUACUAAUUAUAUUUGCUGUUUCUGUGAUUCCUUGCAAUGCGGUGUUACUUACUUCAUUGUGCGUGAUUGUUGUGCGUUUUUAUUUUUUUAUAUUUUAUUCCUUUGAUACAUCGACUAAUUGUCCAUUUUUUAUUUGUCAUUGUCUCAAGUAAAUAGAAAGAAGUCAAAGAAUAUUCGCAAAGAAUGUCAAAGAAUAAACGUGGCUGCACAAAAAGAUAAAG